ACUGACAUGACGUGCGUGAUGAAUGGAGAAGGAGAGACGAUCCGUGUCGGUGGCCAAAGAAAAUAACCGCAAUCAAUCCCCUCUUCCACAGCUUGUGUUGUUUAUUUCCGAGUUGCCAUCGCACUUUCUCCUAAUUGUGAAUUUCGUUCUUGGAGAAUAUCGCGCAACUGCAUCUUGGUUCCAGGGUACUUGUGAACACUAGCUCCCACCGACGGAACGGCCUCCUAAAACUAAGCACUUGACGCCAGCGGUUUGAAAUUGCUUCAUCAACGGCAUAAACACAUGACCAAUUUACGCAUAGUUGUAUAGAAAAAAACAGGUCAUCACCAACUCAACUCAACCUCGAAAAAGACAAACAGAGCACCUCAAAAGAAGAACACCCAACUUUAGUAGACUACACAAAGAGAAGAAGAACAACAAGAAAGAACCACAUAGUCACCACAAUGUCCCCAACAUCCCUCCACCAAGGCGCCUCAAAAGGCUUCGCAGACGCAGCAACCUACGACGCCUACCGCCCCUCCUACCCUCCCGCCGCCACCCAAAAGUUCCUCGAGCACCUCCGUCUCGCUGACGUGCCCCACGCCAAGAUUUUGGAUUUGGCUGCGGGCACGGGCAAGAUGACCGAGGUGCUGGCGGCGCGGCACGAAGGGUUCGAGGUCGUGGCCGUGGAGCCGCACGAGGGAAUGAGGGCGGAGCUGGAGAAGAAGGGGCUGAGGGGCGUCGAGGUGAAGGAUGGGUUUGCGGCAAAGUUGCCGCUUGGGGAAGAGUGGGGGGAUGGUGCUGUUGUUGCGCAGGCGUUUCACUGGUUCGCGACGGCAGAAUCUCUCAAAGAGAUCCACCGCGUCCUGAAGCCGACCGCCGUGCUUGGUUUCAUCUGGAACAUUGAAGAUUACAACAAGCCAAAGCACUGGAAAGCAAGCACGCCCUGGGAACAAGCCCUCAACGAGCUCGUCUUCACCCUGGGAGGCGACGGCCAGCCGCGCUUCCGCGACUUCGUCUGGAAGGACGUGUUUGACACCCAGCUCGACGCCAACCCGCUGCGCGCCGUCAAGGACGUCGUCCUUGAGGGCGGGCGCAAGAUGCCCCUGUUCAGCGUGCCCGUAGGCGAGGAAAAGGUGCCCUUCACCGUCUGGCUGACGCCCGAGGCGGUGUGGAACCGGCUGCGGACGCUGAGCCAGGUCGCGGUGCUCGAGGGCGCGCGCGCGGCGGCGUUCAAGGCCGAGUUCGAUACUAUUUUGGGCGGGGAGAGCGUGGAAAGGAAUGAGAAGGGGGAGAUUGCAUUGCAUGGGGUUACGUAUUUUGCGUGGACUUCGAGGUUGUAGCCGUGGUGAGAUGGUCUGCAUCGUAAGUGAGGGGUGUUUUUGCUGUUUUGGUUAGACGAAGGUGAGAGGUUGCAGAAAACGUUCAGCCA